AUGGCGCCGCCCCUGGCCCCUCUCCCGGCGGGUGUACCCGGGGAGGCCGAGAGAGGGCCGACGAGAGAAAGCAGCCCCGGGGCCGUGAGCUUCGCGGACGUGGCCGUGUACUUCUCCCCCGAGGAGUGGGGCUGUCUGCGGCCCGCGCAGAGGGCCCUGUACCGGGACGUGAUGCGGGAGACCUACGGCCUCCUGGGCGCGCUCGGAUUUUCAGGCCCUAAACCCGCUUUUAUUUCUUGGGUGGAAGGAGAGGUGGAGGCGUGGAGCCCGGAGGCCCAGGAUCCAGAGGGUGAGACCCGAGCAGCUGUCAUCAGAGACAGGGGAUCCAGGGAUGAGAGUGAAGAGAAAGAAGAACUGAAGAAAAGUCCAAAGCAAAAAGAGAUGGAGCAUGAGGAAGUGUCUCUCAAGGAGUGGUUACCAUCCAGCAGGCCAUCUGGUGCCAAUCACAGAGCCUCCUGCCCAGCGCUCUGCUGGAACUCAGGGCGGAGCCCAGUCAAGCCUUGGUUCAAGGACACCACGACCCACAAAUCACCCUACUCUUGCCCAGACUGUGGCCGCAACUUCAGCUACCCCUCCCUCCUGGCCAACCACAAGCGGGUCCACUCUGGGGAGCAGCCCUUCCCCUGUGACCAGUGCCAGGCUCAUUUCUCCCAGCGCAAGUACCUGCUCCAGCAUCAGGUCAUCCACACAGAUAUUUGCAUGUCGUCAGGAUUUUACAUCUCCUGAAUAAAGAUGUGUUCUUGGGCUACAGCAACUGGAAACAUAAUGUUGGCACUUCUAUUUAAGAGAGUAAAUUACUUGUGAUUAGGCUUGAAAUCAAGGCCAAGUAUCUCCAGUGUAGUUUUUAGUGUAAUGCUUGUAUGUGUCAGCAGUUAAGAGGGGUCUUUCUGACCCACUUUGAUCUGCUAGCCGUACUUCUGAUCAGGAGACUAUUGAUGGAAUCAGGACGUGGGUGGGACUAAGCACAGCUGCAUGCUAGGAGUGGUCCUGGGGGACUCAGUUAUCUCUGUGAACAAGAGACUACUCUUGGAACUCCUGGGUUCCAAAGAUGAUUAUGAAUGGAAACUGGGUGUUAUUUUACCACACCACAUAGGCUCUCCUGAAUUGGUAGACCUGGAUUCCAGGUUUGGCUCAGUCCCCACUAGCUGUGGGGCCAUAAGCCUAUCAUUCAACCUUUCUAAGCCUUCACUGUCUCGCUUGGCAACUCCACAGGGUUGUCUGAGAUAAAACAUGAAAGCACCUCACAGA